AUGAGUGAUAACCCAUACCUUGCUCACUUGAACGAAGACGGAAACAAAGAAAAGAAUGCUUUCAGUGGCAUGACUCCCAGAAAGACAACAGCAGAGCAAGCAGAGAAGCUUGAGAAUGCCGAAGUCAACCCCUUCACCAACAACACCUAUUCUGCCAAAUAUCAAAAGAUCUUGCAAGGUAGAAGAAAGCUUCCUGUUCAUGCUCAGCGUCAAGAGUUUUUGGAUAUGGUGCACAAGAACCAAUUCGUUGUGCUUGUCGGUGAGACAGGUUCCGGUAAAACUACACAAAUUCCUCAAUUUUUAGCAUAUGAUGAGUUACCUCAUCUCAAGGGAAAGAUGAUUGCCUGUACUCAACCUCGUCGUGUGGCUGCCAUGUCUGUCGCCCAACGUGUAGCUGAUGAAAUGGAUGUCAAAUUAGGUCAAGAAGUCGGUUACAGUAUUCGUUUCGAAGACAACACAAGCCCCAACACCUUCCUCAAGUACAUGACUGAUGGUAUGCUUCUCCGUGAAGCCAUGUCAGAUCCACUCAUGUCCAGAUAUUCCGCUGUCAUUCUCGAUGAAGCUCACGAACGUACACUCAACACUGAUAUUUUGAUGGGUCUGUUGAAGGAAGUGUGUAGAAAGAGAAAGGACUUGCAGGUCAUUGUCAUGUCUGCUACUUUGGAUGCCGGCAAAUUUCAAAAGUACUUUGACGACGCACCCUUGUUGACUGUGCCUGGUAGAACUUUCCCUGUCGAGAUCUUCUACACUCCUGAGCCUGAGCGUGAUUAUCUUGAGGCUGCUAUCCGUACAUGUCUUCAAAUCCAUGUCAGUGAGCCUGAAGGUGAUAUUUUAGUCUUCUUGACUGGUGAGGAAGAGAUUGAAACUGCUUGUAGCAAAAUCAAGGCUGAGGGUGAUGAAUUGAUUCGUAGUCAAGGCGCUGGUCCUCUCAAGGUGGUGCCUCUCUACUCUUCUUUGCCUCCUCGUGCUCAACAACAAAUUUUCGAAGCUGCACCUCCACCUCGCACUCCCGGCGGUACUCCUGGUCGUAAGAUUGUCGUCUCUACCAAUAUUGCCGAAACUUCGCUUACUAUUGAUGGUAUCGUGUAUGUCAUUGAUCCUGGUUUCGCCAAGCAAAAAGUGUACAAUCCUCGUAUUCGUGUGGAAUCUCUCUUGGUGUCUCCCAUCUCCAAGGCCUCUGCUCAACAGCGUGCUGGUCGUGCUGGUCGUACCAGACCUGGUAAGGCUUUCCGCUUGUACACUGAAACUGCAUUCAACCAAGAAUUGAUUGAAGCUACGUAUCCUGAAAUUCUCAGAAGUAACUUGGGUAGUGUGGUGCUUCAAUUGAAGAAGCUCGGUAUUGAUGAUCUUGUUCACUUUGAUUUUAUGGAUCCUCCUGCCCCCGAAACUCUCAUGCGUGCUCUUGAAUUGCUGAACUAUCUCGGCGGUCUUGACGACGAUGGUGAACUUACUCCCACCGGUGAGCUCAUGUCUGCCUUCCCUCUCGAUCCUCAGUUGAGUAAGAUGCUCAUUGAAAGUCCCAAAUACAACUGCUCCAAUGAAAUCCUCUCCAUCGCUGCUCUACUCUCUGUUCCUCAAAUUUUUACCCGUCCUAAUAAUGCUCGUAAGGCUGCUGAUGAAGCCAAGGCACAAUUUGCACAUGCUGAUGGUGAUCAUCUCACUCUCUUAAAUGCUUACCACGCCUAUAAAACAAACAACGAAGAUCAAAACUGGUGUUAUGACAACUUUAUGAACCACAGAUCAUUAAAAUCCGCCGAUAAUGUCAGAAACCAACUGAGAAGAACCAUGGAAAAAUACGAUCUGGACCUCGUAUCAACAGACUUUGAGCAUAGAUCAUAUUACACAAACAUUAGAAGAGCCAUUGUUGCAGGUUAUUUCAUGCAAGUUGCACAUCUGGAGAGAUCUGGCCACUAUUUAACAGUAAAGGACAACCAAAUUGUGCAACUUCAUCCUUCAUCAUGCUUAGAUCACAAACCUGAAUGGGUUCUGUACAACGAAUUUGUGUUGACUACACGUAAUUAUAUUAGAACAUGUAUCGAAGUGAGAGCUGAAUGGCUGCUCGAGGUCGCUCCCAGCUACUACGAUUUGUCCAACUUCCCCAACUGUCAUGGUAAACGUCAACUUGAACAAAUCAAGAACAGAAAGGUCAGAAACGAUGAUGAAAAGAAAUCUUCCAGCAAAAAGAGACGCCAUUGA